GAGACGUGGAGUGACGGCGGUGGUGGCGUUGUGACGGCGGCGUGGUCGCGGGGAGGAGAGAGGAGGCGAACGAGGUGGCAGCGGGCGCGAGUGUGCGCGAGUGCGCGUGUGUUGGUGCGGCCUAGGCUCGUCGCGGCGCGCCCCGUCAGUCGACGGCGGCGAGUCGCGCGCGGCGUCUCGUCCAACUCUUUCGUUUGGUUGCACGCACACCUGCCGCCAGGCUUUGACGGCUCUCGAGCGUGGAGGCCGGCUUCGCGACGUGCUUUCAGUGCGCGGCGAUUUUACCCGAGCGUGGACUGAUGCUCUCGCCAAUCCUUACGUAUACUUACUGUCAAAACAACUAGUGCCGUGACUCCGGCGGGCCGGUUGGCCGCGUGCUGUGACAGUGAAAUCGUGGGUCUAGCCGUAUCGUGCGGAUGUGCAGUGAUGGAUGAAUAGACAGGGGCGCGUUUAUACCAGACCGCCCGCGCCGAGUCGUCUGUAUUUCUGGCUGAGUGCAAGAGUGGGCCGUCAAAAUUGAGCCCAAACUGUAUCUAGAUUACAACGCCGCCCCGCUGUUCGCCUCGGAAAACGCCUCCAGUGAAGUGUGGAGUGCGGGCGGCGGGGCCGGCGCCGGCGCAUCAUGCGGUAGCAGCGGCAUGGACCUCAAGCACGAGGUGGCGUACCGCGGGCUUGCAGGCGCGGUGAAGGCCGAGCCGGGCGUGAGCCACAACGGCGCGGCGAACGGGCACGUGAGGGACUGGAUGGCGGGCGGCGCGGGCGCCAACUCACCGUCGCCGGCGCCGCAGCCGAACAACGGGUAUUCGUCGCCACUGUCCUCGGGCAGCUACGGCCCGUACAGCCCCAAUGGGAAAAUAGGUCGCGAGGAGCUGUCGCCGGCGUCCAGUAUAAACGGGUGCAGUACAGAUGGGGACGCGCGAAGGCAGAAAAAGGGUCCGGCGCCGCGGCAGCAGGAAGAACUUUGUUUGGUUUGCGGAGACAGAGCCUCCGGAUACCACUACAAUGCGCUCACGUGUGAAGGGUGUAAAGGUUUCUUCAGGCGGAGUGUCACCAAAAACGCUGUAUACAUUUGCAAAUUCGGUCACUCGUGUGAAAUGGACAUGUAUAUGCGACGGAAAUGCCAAGAAUGUCGUCUAAAGAAGUGUCUAGGCGUCGGCAUGAGGCCCGAGUGCGUGGUACCCGAGAACCAGUGCGCGAUAAAAAGGAAAGAGAAGAAAGCGCAGAGGGAAAAGGACAAACUCCCUGUCAGCACGACGACGGUUGACGACCACAUGCCGCCCAUUAUGCAGUGUGAUCCCCCGCCGCCGGAGGCAGCUAGAAUUCUGGAAUGUUUACAGCACGAAGUGGUGCCGCGGUUCCUGUCCGACAAGCUCCUGGAGCAGAACCGGCUGAAGAACAUCCCUCCGCUCACCCCCAACCAGCAGUUCCUCAUCGCCAGGCUCGUGUGGUACCAGGACGGCUACGAGCAGCCUUCUGAAGAGGACCUCAAGAGGGUCACGCAGACGUGGCAGCAAGCUGACGACGAGGAGGAGGAGAACGACGCGCCGUUCCGACAGAUCACGGAGAUGACGAUACUCACCGUUCAGCUCAUCGUUGAGUUCGCCAAGGGCCUCCCGGGCUUCGCCAAGAUCUCGCAGCCUGAUCAAAUCACGCUGCUAAAGGCCUGUUCAAGCGAGGUGAUGAUGCUCCGAGUGGCGCGGCGAUACGACGCGGCCACCGACAGCGUGCUAUUCGCGAACAACCAGGCGUACACGCGCGACAACUACCGCAAGGCCGGCAUGGCGUACGUCAUCGAGGACCUGCUCCACUUCUGCCGGUGCAUGUACUCCAUGCAGAUGGACAACGUGCACUACGCGCUGCUUACGGCGGUCGUUAUCUUCUCAGACCGGCCCGGGCUGGAGCAGCCGCAGCUAGUGGAAGAGAUCCAGCGGUACUACCUGAACACGCUGCGCAUGUACAUCCUGAACCAGACCGGCGGGUCACCGCGCACGUCCGUCGUGUACGGCAAGAUCCUCUCCAUACUCUCCGAGCUGCGCACCCUCGGCACGCAGAACUCUAACAUGUGCAUCUCGCUGAAGCUCAAGAACAGGAAACUGCCGCCGUUCCUCGAGGAGAUCUGGGACGUGGCGGACGUGUCCACGACGCAGGCGGCGCCCGUUCUGGAGUCCUCGGCGCUCUAGCAACCCUCGCCUCGCUCGCCGGCCGGCCGCGGCCUGCUGUAGCCUGCAGCCUGUAGCCUGCAGCCUGUAGCCUGCAGUCUGUAGCCUGCAGCCUGUAGCCUGUAGCCUGCCGCCCCGGCCGGCGGACACUCGGAGAGAACGCUCAUAGACUGGCUAGUUUUAGUGAAGUGACACGGACACUUAGUCGGACGUGAUGAUUGUAUUUAUAAGGAUUGUGCAAAUUUUAACACUUAAGAAGGGCGCGCGCGCCCGAUUUCGUACGUAUUCGGUGACCGACGACGAAAAUGUGCGGGAGAUUAGUGAAUAUAUGUGUUGUUGAACGUUUGGAGAAUAUAUAUUUAGUGUUGAUCGUUGGGCGGCGGUCGUUCCGAGCCCGGGCGAGUCGGUCACUCGGAUACGACCGUAUGAUAAGACUUCGUCGAUAAGUACACCUCCUAAAAUAAUCAUACGUACAUACACUACGAGAGUUUAUAGAGAAAAAAAGUAAUAUAUGAAGAAUGUUUCUAUUGGAUGAAAAGAUAAAUAAUUAUGUUUAUUUACCAAAAUUAACGAUGCGUUGGUUGACCUUUUCGAUCGAUAUAUAUCUCGACGGGCCCUCGGCCCGUUUGUACAUAGUACCUAUACGUCUGACGCGAUAUCGUGUCCGGUUUCGUUCCGAUUCGAGUUCCGUUGUCCUGUCCCGCGUCCCUUUACACGAGUAAUUAUAAUUUAUUGCUGUGAUUACAUUUAUAACAUGUUAAACUUACUUAGGCGAAAAUAAGUGUGUCUUAUUACAUAUAUAAAAAUUCUACUGCCGUCGGUUGCUUUCUUAAAAGCAUUAAGAGUCUCUCGUCUCUCUGUUUAGGUACUUUUGUAAUAGAUAACGAUAUACACUCGAUUCAUGUUCGCAGCGAGCACCGAGCUGCGAAGCUAGUCGCUUCCUACGGAGCCUAGACCACAGUACAACCUUCUCACUCAUAACACCUCAAUAAUUAGCGAUAAAACAUCAUUAAUAUGUAGUAUUUUCACUGCGAUGAGCAUUUUACAAUUUAUUUUGCUUAAGAAAAAUCUGUAGUGCCUAAAAUGAAAAUGUGUCGUAUUUAUUUUAAAUUUAGAAUUAUAGAGGCAGGUUUGGCUAUCGAUUCCCAGUUUUCUUAAUAUUUUGUUAUGUUUACUUAAAUAAAUGCAUAAAUUAUGUUCUACUUAUUAACACAAAUGGCGUUGCGUGCAUGUAUAAAGGCAGCUGUUAUGUAGGUUCGAAAUUGUAUAGAAAGCAUAGAAUGGUAGUGCCCGUAAAUGUUCUCCAAAAUAAA